AUGGAGAACCCAGCCCAUACUGCAGCAAGAGCUUCUCCUUGUGAAGCUGAACUUCAGGAACUGAUGGAACAAAUCGACAUCAUGGUGAGCAAUAAGAAGCUGGACUGGGAAAGGAAGAUGCGGGCUUUAGAGACACGAUUAGACCUUCGGGAUCAAGAGUUGGCUGACGCCCAGACUUGCUUGGACCAGAAAGGCCAGGAGGUGGGGUUACUUCGACAGAAGUUGGACAGUCUAGAAAAAUGUAACUUAGUAAUGACUCAGAACUAUGAAGGACAGCUACAGACCCUAAAAGCUCAAUUUUCUAAGCUAACCAAUAACUUUGAAAAGCUGAGAUUACACCAAAUGAAACAAAACCAUAUUCACCGAAAGGAAGCCCCCACCAAAGAAGACAUACCCUUUGAGCUGAGCAGUUUGAACCAGAAGCUAGAGGAAUUUAGAACGAAGUCGAGCGAGUGGGACAAACAAGAGAUACUCUACCAGACACACCUGGUGUCUUUGGAUGCGCAACAAAAAUUACUAUCUGAAAAAUGUAACCAAUUUCAGAAACAGGCACAAAAUUACCAAACUCAGCUAAAUGGGAAGAAGCAGUGCUCAGAGGACAGCAGCCCAGAGAUCCCUCGCCUGGCGUGUGAAUCAGAUCCUGGCUGUGAACCCAGCCAAAGAGAUGAAUUCAUUAUUGAAAAGUUAAAGUCGGCCGUGAGUGAAAUAGCACUGAGCAGGAACAAGUUACAGGACGAAAACCAGAAGCUGCUGCAAGAGCUGAAGAUGUACCAGAGGCAGUGCCAGGCCAUGGAAGCAGGACUGUCAGAGGUGAAGAAUGAGUUACAAUCACGUGACGAUCUCCUGAGGAUUAUAGAAAUGGAAAGACUGCACUUGCAUAGGGAACUGUUGAAAAUGGGAGAAUGGCACGCUUCUCAAGACAACAGGAAAAGACUCGAAUCAUCAUAUUCCCCUUCUACUACAAAAGAACAAGAAAGGAAAAGGAAAGAGUUUCCAGUGGUCUCAGAUCAACCAAAUCAUGAAAAAGAAUUAAACAAGACGAGAAGCCAGUCGUAUCAGGAGGAAAACGGGUGCUCUGAACACGAGCGGAUGAGAAGCGAGAUCUCCGACCUCACCCAGGAACUUCGUCAGAAGGAGAUCACUAUAGCAACUGUCAUGAAGAAAGCUGCCCUUCUGGAAAGACAGCUAAAGAUAGAAUUAGAAAUAAAAGAAAAAAUGUUAGCAAAGCCACAGGUCUCAGAUAAGAGAUACAAAGCUAUCAGAGCAGAAAACACACAUCUGAAAGGAAUGAUGGGCGAUUUAGACCCUGCAUGGUACUUGAGUAUGGACUUCGAUAACAAGGAUCAUUCGAGGUACUCAUCAAUUAGCAAACUUGAAUAUGAAAACGAAAGGCUCCGAAGCGAUCUUGCAAAGCUCCAUGUCAAUGGGAAAGCAGUGUGGCCCAAUGAGAGCAGCUAUCAUGAAGCAGGAGCAUAUGCCUGCCAGAGCCUGCUGAAAAUGGAGACCAACGGAGACAGACUUAGCCAAGACUGUGAGCUGAGCAGAAGCCCAACACCACCCUUUCCACCUUUGCCACUUCAGAGCAAAGAAAUGACAAGUCCCUUGGCUAGUGACGAUGAAAUCUUCCCUCUGUCUCCCCCAGAUAUGUCCUUCCCGGCUUCCCUAUCAACGCAGCACUUCCUGAUGGAAGAGGAGAGGCGGGCCAAGGAGCUGGAGAAGCUGCUCAACACGCACAUCGACGAGCUGCAGAGGCACACGGAGUUCACACUGAACAAAUACACCAGACUCAAGCACGGCAGACGCAUAUGA